AUGUUACUGGUUAUCACACAGACGUGUUUAGUUUUGACGACAAGGCGACGACAAGUUUUUACAUCAAAGAUCAAGCAAAUGAUUCACAUCGGCGGAGUAAUUACUCAAAAGGAGGGCGUCAAGUGUUUUGAUGACAUUAGCAACUUCGUAGGACGCUGUAAGCUGCUACGUGACUGUCCAUCAGCUGAGAGCCAUUUCUCGUCUACAGGAAUUCGGCCAGUUUUUUGUGAAUAUUCUGUAAGAAAAAUACUUGUGUGCUGUAGAGAAUCAGGGACAUGGUCACCUGCCUCACACGAGCCUGUUGAAGAAGAAAGACCUACGUGGGGCUUUGUACAUCAUAAUCACGUCAGAAAACGAGUCAGCGAGCGUAAAUGUGAGGUCUAUAGCAAAGCCGUGGUGCAGCAGGUCGACUUCAUCAGUCUCCUUCCUGAUCCUGAGCCCAUAUCGAUAUCGGCUGCCAAUUGUAAUUACACUGGCGUGGAACUUAUCGUUGGUGGGGUGAAUGCUCAGCAAGGGGAAUUCCCUCACAUGGCGGCCAUAGGCUGGCUAGAGUACGAUGACGACUACGCGUUCAGCUGCGGUGGCAGCCUCAUCAGCGAGAGGUUCGUGAUGACAGCCGGCCAUUGUACCAAGAAGCCCAGGUUCGGGGAGCCGACCAUCGUACGUCUCGGCGAACAGAACUUAGAUCCAAAUGUGAGGGAUGGAGCGACUCCGAUCGAUGUACGAAUUAAAGCGAUACACAAGCACCCGGACUACAAGCCACCGAACCGUUAUAACGAUAUCGCACUCCUGGAGUUGGCGGAAGACGUCCAAUUCAAUGAUAAUAUACGACCUGCAUGCUUGUGGACGAAGGAGAACUUCGGUGAGCACAGGAAGGCCUACGCGACCGGUUGGGGUGUCGUUGAUCCCGAUACUCAGCAAACUUCGAAAGAGCUACAGAAGGUGUCGCUUUCUCUGCUUACCAAUGAAUACUGUGAUCGCAUCUUGAGAAGGAACAGACACUGGCAUGGCUUCGCACCCUCACAGAUGUGUGCUGGGGAGUUGCGUGGAGGGAAGGAUACCUGUCAGGGUGACUCCGGUUCUCCCCUUCAAGUGGUAUCCGAAGACAACCAGUGCCUCUUCUACGUCAUCGGUGUAACGUCAUUCGGCGGAAAAUGCGCCCAGAUUGGCCAACCUGCCAUUUACACCAGAGUCUCCAGCUAUCUAGAUUGGAUAGAGAACUUGGUGUGGCCAGGAGAAUAG